CUGACGCCGAGUCCACGCCAGUGUCGAGCGAUGUCCGCGUGGACCUGUUCGGGGCUGUCCUACGGCGCUGAGGGCUCGCUGGCUUGGCCGAAAUAUUAAUUGGACGCGUGGGUCCCCAAGGUUGCCUCCCGAGGGCAUCGGGAACUGCCACUCGACAAAGCCCAACGGGUCCGAGACAGGUCCGAGAAUUCGCGUGGCCAGUUGGCUCAAACGAUUUUAGCCCGUGUCUGGUUCGGCCCGAACGUGGGCAACAUUCUAUAUUUGCAUUCGCACACCAUUAAACGUUCCUACAUAUUUCGAUUUCUGGCGUGCCUGAUGUCGUUUUCGCCUGACAAUGUGCAGCAGAAGUGUAAGACAUUGGUACCUCUCGCCAUGCUCGUCGCAGCGCUCUGUACUGCGUUCUGCGCGUUACACGCUGUUCUCUCUGCCACGUCCAGCAGUUGUGGGGGGCCAAGUCUUGAGAUCGACAUCGAACUGGUCUUGGUAUUGCUUGGCGUUCUUGUCUAUUUCCUCCACUCCCGCAACAUGAAGAGUAUCGACAACGGUAUAUACCUGAGCAAAGUGGCCGCUGCAGAAUCGGUGAUCGGCAAGGCGGGUUUCGACCGUAGCCGCGACGCUUGUUGCGCAGCCUCCGUCGAGGAACGCGCGCCGCCUCAGAAACCACGUAUUACCCAUAGCAUCCCGAAGGGCUCCCAGGAUCAGCUUGGGCAGGACAAACGAGGACCGAGGCACGCCGUGCGCAUCAUCGAGAGCGCGCAGAGAGAGGGCGUGGCCCACACACUCCCAAACGUGGCGGAAGUAAUGCGUGCCUCCAUUAGACUCGGAAGAGGAGGCGUAGCUGUGAAGUUAUUCAACCACAUGUUGAAGGAGGGGGCCGUUCCUGGUGCACACCUCAUUGACAAGGCCGUGUCGAACAACUUCUUCCAGCUCGUCAUUGAAACUCUCGAUGACAAGCGCAUUCAAAGGGACGGAGUGUCGCUUCUUGAUUUAGUUCGAGCUCAUGGACUCGAUCCGUCGCCUAGUACCCAGAACCGUGUGCUGUCUGCGUGGAAUGAUCAGCCUCCGCAGAUUGUCAUGGAAUACUUUGUGAAGAUGCACAGCGACAGGGUCAACCUCAGCAAUUGGGCAUAUCGUUCCAUGAUUGUGGCCUACGAGCAUUCCGAUCCAGCAUUCGUUGUGAAGGUGAGCAAGGAGAUGGAGCGCUCAGGUAUUCAACUCCAGCGGAAGGCGUACAAUGCAGUGUUGGGUGCUUGUCUUCAGCUUGGCAUGCACAACGAGGCCGAACAUUUGUUCGGGAACAUGGCUGGUCAUGCGGUUGCUCCCAAUGCAAGAACUUAUGGCAUCAUGAUCAGGGUCUAUUCGUUCAGUUAUCAAUUCGCAAAAGCCAUUGGCAUCUUCGAUGCGAUGCGAGAGCAGUCCUUCCAGCCCGACCGGUUCGCUUACCAUCAUACAAUCCAGUCAUGCAUUAAGCAUCAGCGUGUUGAAUACGCCGUAGAAUUGUACAAGGACUCGGUUCAGGCGAAGGUGCCCUUGUGCACGAGCACGUACGUCAUUCUGAUCCGGGCGUGCAAAGAAAUUGGUUGGGAGCUUUGGGCAAGCACGUUCGAAAUGGAGUUGACAAGCCAGCGAACAGCUCUCACGAAGGAGGCAGAGGCCGCGCACACUAUCCAAGCGUAGCAUGGAGCCAAUGGCGCAAUGGCAACAGCACGGUAUUCGCUGAAGCUUGGAACGGGUGGCAGGGGUUACCGCCAGACCGCGGUGUCGGUUGUUGACGGGCCAAUUGGGCUUUUUGGACAAGAACGGACGGCAGGCUCUCCUCCGCCCCCCGCAUGCUGAAUUAAUUUGCACUCUUUUGUAAGCCAAGUGACGGUUUAAACAAGCAUCAGCUGAUCAAAUAAAUACAGUCAUUUGCCCUUUCUUGAGAUCGAUGGAGGAAAACGCAAGAAACGUA